AUGGUCAUUCGCAACCCCAAUUGCAGGGGCACGGCGCGUGCCCCUCCUGUUGUUUUGGCACUAACGUCGGACCGUACCAUUAUAUAUGGAGUUGACAUUUUCGGGUGGAAGUUCGUAAACUCGCGACUCUUCGCAGAUGAGUACGCAUCACACGGCUUUCUAGUCCUUAUACCGGAUCUCUUUGACGUCAACGAAUCCGCAUCGCUCCUUCGGUUCGGGGCGAAGCUGCUGUCGCUCUCCGUCUUCGUGCCGUUCCUCUUGCGCAACGGCAAAGCCUCACAGGAGGCGAAGAUUGGUAGGCUCCUCGCGCACCUACACGAGACGAAGCCGAACUCCAAGAUAGGCUUCGUGGGGUUCUGCUGGGGCGGACGCUUCGCGCUCACCAUGAACAGCCAGUUUGACGCGACAGUCGCAUGUCACCCGUCGCGCGUCACGUUCCCACAGGAGCUUCAGGAGAUAAACAAACCCAUUAGCUUCGCUGUAGCAGAGACAGACCACCACUAUGGUGCUGAGACGGCAGCCGAGACGGAGAAGAUCCUGAAAGCGAAAGGAGUGGAGGUGGUGGUGGUGGUAUACAAGGGCGUACAGCAUGGGUGGGCGAUAAGAGCGAAUAUAGCAGAUACCGAUAAGAAGGUGGCGAGGGAGAAAGCGAGAGAGCAGGUCAUGACUUGGUUCGAGAGGCAUCUCGUCGUAUGA